CGGCGGCGGCGGCGGCGGCGGCCGGGGGAGCGAGCGCUGCCCGAAGCCGCGGCGCCGGCGGUCUGAGCUCCGGGACCCCGCGAGGCGGCGGGGUGGGGCACGCGCCGCGGGAGCGAGCCUGGCCGCCCGCCGGGCCGCCCAGACAGAGUCUGCUGGCGCCGAGGCUCCCAGGACGGCUGUCCAGAGGACCCCGGGACUGCGGCAAUGGAGGGAGGCCCAGCAGUCUGCUGCCAGGACCCCCGAGCAGAGUUGGUGGAGCGUGUGGCAGCCAUUGACGUGGCCCACCUGGAGAAGGCAGUCAGUGGCCCAGAGCCUGCCAGGAACGGUGUGGACCCUCCCACCCGGGUCCGUGCUGCCUCCGUGGUUCCUGACCACUCCACAGGGCCCCCUCCUGCCCGGCCCAGCCUCUCGGCCCGGAAGUUUUCCCUGCAGGAGCGGACAGCAGGCAGCUGCCUGCAGACCCAGGCCGGACCCUAUGCCACGGGCCCUGCCAGCCACAUCUCCCCACGCACUUGGCGGAGGCCCACCAUCGAGUCCCACCGCGUGGCCAUUUCGGACACUGAGGACUGUGUGCAGCUGAACCAGUACAAGCUGCAGAGUGAGAUCGGCAAGGGGGCCUAUGGUGUGGUGAGGCUGGCCUACAAUGAGAGCGAAGAUAGGCACUACGCAAUGAAAGUUCUCUCCAAAAAGAAGCUACUGAAGCAGUAUGGCUUUCCACGCCGCCCUCCCCCCAGAGGGUCCCAGGCAGCCCAGGGAGGACCAACCAAGCCGCUGCUGCCCCUUGAGCGGGUGUACCAAGAGAUUGCCAUCCUGAAGAAGCUGGACCACCUGAACGUGGUCAAGCUCAUUGAGGUCCUGGAUGACCCUGCUGAGGACAAUCUCUAUUUGGUGUUUGACCUCCUGAGAAAGGGGCCGGUCAUGGACGUGCCUUGUGACAAGCCCUUGUCAGAGGAGCAGGCACGACUCUACCUGCGGGACAUCAUCCUGGGCCUUGAGUAUUUGCAUUUCCAGAAGAUCAUCCACAGGGACAUCAAGCCGUCUAACCUGCUCCUGGGGGACGACGGGCGCGUGAAGAUCGCCGACUUUGGCGUCAGCAACCAGUUUGAAGGGAAUGACGCGCAGCUGUCCAGCACGGCGGGGACUCCUGCCUUCAUGGCUCCAGAGGCGAUUUCGGAUUCUGGCCAGAGCUUCAGCGGGAAGGCCUUGGAUGUGUGGGCCACGGGGGUGACACUGUACUGCUUCGUCUACGGGAAGUGCCCCUUCAUCGAUGACUACAUCCUGGCCCUGCACAGGAAGAUCAAGAACGAGUCCGUGAUGUUUCCUGAAGAGCCAAAGAUCAGUGAGGAGCUCAAGGACCUAAUCUUGAAGAUGCUGGACAAGAAUCCCGAGACAAGAAUUGGGGUGCCAGACAUCAAGAUGCACCCCUGGGUGACUAGGAAUGGGGAGGAGCCCCUUCCGUCUGAGGAGGAGCACUGCAGUGUGGUGGAGGUGACUGAGGAGGAGGUGAAGAACUCGGUCAAGGUCAUCCCCAGCUGGACCACGGUGAUCCUGGUUAAGUCCAUGCUGAGAAAGCGCUCCUUCGGGAACCCGUUCGACUCCCAGGCUCGGAGGGAAGAGCGAUCCAUGUCUGCUUCAGGAAACUUCCUGUUGAAAGAAGGGUGUGGUGAACGGGGGAAGAGCCCCGAGCUUCCCGGUGUCCAAGAAGACGAGGCUGCAUCCUGAGCCCUUGCCUGCCCGUGGCCGCCCAGCAGCACGCUCAUCCCGCGCCUCCAAAGGCCCGCCGCCCUCUCACCGACAGCCGCCCCUGUGGCCAGGGGCCUGGGGACGGUGGCCCUGCUCCCAGCCCCCUCCCCUGUCGUGCUGCAUGACCUCCGCACGUGUGUCCAGGGUCAGGAUUGCAACGUGGCUCAUCGGGCGUGGGGGGUGAGGCACAAGGCUCCCGCCAAACCUUUUUUCUCCUCCUGGCUCUCCCUGGCAGGAGCCAUCCUGUGGGGAAGCUUGGUGCCCAUGGUGCCUUAGAAGCCCCACCCGGCUGGUUGGCAAGGCCUGGGGGCAGGAGGCGGGCAACCAGAAUGGCAGGCAGAAGCCCGGCUUACCGCAGCUGCAGACAGUGGGCCUAAGGGUAGGGGGCCCAGCUCAGCAACCAGUGCACGUGGACAGUGAAGCCUGCCCACCCCCAGGGGGUAGUGCCGGAGCUCUUGUUUGAUCCAAGACUGAUCUGGAGGCCCUGGCCCCUCCAGGUUGCCGGGGCUUCCCUGGGGAGAGGCCUGGAUGGGAGAAUUUUGAUGCCUUUUCUGUUGUCUUCCUCUUUGGCGUUUACCCUGAGGUGGGGAGGACAAAGCCUUGCUCCGGAACCUCCAGUGAGUUUUUCUACAGUGUUGGGUGAUGCCCAGCACACCCUGUAAUUGUUGGCAGCCAAAUGGACCAGCAGACUGACCUCCCCUUCCGCAUUUUACACUCAAAUAGACUGAAUUCAAGCUCCGAGCGGAGGCCCGAACCCGGCCCACAUCAUUCAUGCACACCCCCUUCUCCCUUCAUGGCUGCAGGAGAGGCCUGGACCCACCUGGUACCCAGGCCCUGGACUCACAGACUGGAGCCUUGCACAUGCUGGAGUAACUGGAACCCCCUGUCCCAUCCUCCCCUGUCCUCUGCCCCGGACACUGCGCUCACAUUCCGACGAUGAAGGACAAACUGCCGGGGUCAGCCGCAGCAUUGGAGGCAGGAUCCCGGUGAGGUGUGCACCCUGGCAUGUGGCCAUGGAGAGGUGAGGUUCCCCGCCCUUGCCUCCUGCUGGCCCGCCAAGACCUCACAUUCCAUGCACUGGGAGCUGGAACAGCGGGAUGGCAUUCCCUUGGCCGUGCUGUGGGCUGCCUUCAUCUUCUCUCUGGGAUUAGAGCCUGCUGGCUGGCUUUGCUGUUUACUGACCAAAUACUCAAGAGAUUGACCCCCAAAGACAAAGAAAGCUGGACUCGGGUGCCUCCCCUGGGAACACAGGCAAAACAAGAAGUCUCCUCAGUCUCUGUGGGUGUCACGUCACAGGAGGCUGGGGCUGGAGGAACGCCCACAGCCCGUGCCCGUGGGUGUCCAUCGCGCCUCCGCACACGCGCAUGUGCGUGUCCAUCUGCUGCACACAGCACCCUCGCAUGCCUUGCACUGGCACGUGCAUCUGUACUAUAGUUUCUAUGUCUAUUUAAGGCCAGGAGCAGAAUGCAGCCCAGGCCCACGGUCCUCCUUUCUCCCUGGCUCCUCGAGUUCUAGCAUUGUAAGCCUGGGCUUCAAAAAGAGUCUGCAACUGUUUCUAAGAACACUUUUAUAGAGUUCAUGGGAAGCCAAUUAAAGGCCAUAGGCCUACGGGUUUUUCGUGGGGACCUUUGCACAGGGGUUUGGAAGUGUGAGUGGGGCAGGUGUUGGGUUUUCAGAGCUCCCUUGAUUGGUUCUGCCCUCACGGAGGCCAACCCAGCUUCAUUGCCUGGGACCAAGCCCUCAUGU